GUUUCCACUUCAUAGUUCAAUUCCCACCUCCUCCCAAAGCAAAUGACCGCCCGUUCCCAACCAGAUCCGUUAAAAAGUAAUUUCGCUGUAGAAAGCAAUUAAUUUUCCGUUAGAUCUGAAAAAAAUAUUUCCACCGUGGCGACGUCGGGGACGCAAGACGUUCGUCGCAGAAAGCCAUCUCCGUCGUCAUCGUCAAGUUCAGGUCCGAGCAGCGUAGAGAAGAGGGAACAUUUUAGAAACAAUCCAAAGGUUGAUUACCCAUUUUGGCAACAGAAUUGGUUCAUUGGAUUGCUGUUCUUGAUGGCGGUGGGGUUAUUUGGUCUUGCUCUCUUCCUUACUUUCAGUUUCGAUCAAGGUUCUCCUUCCUCCUCCCCCUCCUCAUCCCAGAACGUCGAGGUUACUUAUGGGACGGUUUUAAAGCUGAUGCACGAGAAAACAAAAUUUAGGCUUCAUUCGCACGAUGUACCGUACGGUUCAGGGAGUGGACAGCAAUCCGUCACCGGUUUUCCCAAUGUCGACGACUCCAACAGCUACUGGAUUGUUCGGCCUACACCCGAUACAUCUGCCAAACAAGGAGACACCAUCCCCAAUGGAGCAAUUAUUAGAUUGCAACAUAUGAGGACUAGGAAAUGGUUGCAUAGCCAUUUGCACGCAUCGCCAAUAUCAGGAAAUCUUGAGGUCAGCUGCUUCGGAGGAGAAUCAGAAUCAGAUACUGGAGAUUACUGGAGGCUCAUAAUUGAGGGAAGUGGAAAGACUUGGAAGCAAGAUCAAAGGAUUCGGCUUCAACACGUUGACACUGGUGGCUACCUGCAUAGCCAUGACAAGAAAUACUCCAGAAUAGCUGGUGGACAGCAAGAGGUUUGUGGCGUUAGAGAAAAGCGGGCGGAUAAUGUAUGGUUGGCUGCAGAGGGUGUGUACCUCCCCAUUACUGAAAGCAAGUAGUAUAUGGAUGUUUAAGAGAUCACUACUCUGUAAAAGCAGGUGCAUUGAUUUUGGAUUUGUUGGUGCCUGUUGCCUGUUUCUUUAGUAGCUAAUAUCCAUUUAUGAAAUCAUUAGUAAAUUUUGCAGAACAACUUUCUCUGCUGAAUAGUCUAUUAUGCAUGUUUAUGUACCUUGAGACAAAACUAAUCAGAUAUGGCCCUCCUAAUGAUUCAUGAUUUUUCUUUGUCUUC